CUGUCUCCUGUCAGAUUUAGUCAUUAUUUUCACCCAAAACAGCUAUGAAAGUCACACAUUCCGCCUUUAAACAGCUUAUUUUGCUGUGAAACGUUAAGGUAUUUUAAAUAGAAGCUUGCAUUUGAGGCAGCAAUUUAAAAGUCCCGAGUUAAACCGGUAACGUUACACAUUAAAUACACGACAAAAAGGACCACUCCUCUAACCGUUGGUGUUCUGAAAAGCAGCCGUUAACGGCCAAACCGAGGUUGUAAACCAGUAGCAACAAACAUGUCAGAGGAAGCACUCCAUUAUGGCUGGAGGAUAAACUGACAACAACACGCAGGUGCUUUGCACUUGUCUUCUGCUUGGUGUUAACGGAACCGUAAUCUGGCUAACGAGUGGCGGUUAACGGUUGAAGCCAUGGCGAGGGCAGCUGGCUGUAGCCGUUGGUCACUACUGGAUUUUGAAUAGCUAACUAACGGUCGCUGUUGGACCGUUAGUAACGUCUCUGUCGGACCACAGAGGACGGCGCGCGACCUUGGGUGACCGUUGCCAUGGAUUUGACGCGGUUGGCUGUGGAUGCUGGUCAGUUCAUCAACCGGGCUGUUCAGUACACGGAGGAGAGUCUUGGCCAGGCGGAGAAGACAGACUUGGAGCCCGGGUUGGAUGAGCUCUUGGUCCGGGUAGACGCCACCAAGACCUGGACAGACCAGAUAAUCUCCCAGACUGAGGUGUUACUGCAACCCAAUGCCGGAGCACGGUUAGAGGACCGGCUGUACGGGCAUCUGGAUUGGAGCGUCCCCACUCGGCCUCGUGCACAUGAAGUACUGGGAGACGAAAUGACCCAGGCUGGGCUGGAGAUGGGGUCCAACACACCCUAUGGAACUGCUUUACUCAGGUGUGGAGAGGCUCAGAAGCAGCUUGGCGAGGCAGAGAGGAAGUUUGUCCAAAGCACUCACAUCCACUUCCUCACCCCGCUGAGGAGUUUCACUGAGGGGGAAUACAGAGUCAUGCAGGAUGAGCGCAAGAUGUUGGUGAAUAAACGUUUGGACUUAGACAUAGCUAAAACCAGAGUGAGAAAAGCCCACGAAGCCGACCGAGAGGGCAGAAACCUGAAUGCAAACCCGCUGGAAGAGGACUACUUGUCUCACGUCUCUUACAUGUUCAGCUUCCUGCGUGUUAAAUGGCUAAAGAUGUGGGCUCAGGAAAUCUCUCAGGCAGAGAUGGCGCAGAGGAUCUUUCAGAGUCUGUUCGAUCGCCAGUCACAAAUUACAAGACGAGUUGUGGAAGGAAUCAACAACACUCACACCAACCACAUGCGGAGCCUGAUGGACUUUGUGGAAGCUCAGGCCUGUUACUUUGACCAGUGCAACCAACAUGCUCAGGAGCUUCAGAAGCAGCUGGCCAGCAUUCCAGCAGUCCUCUGCUCCAAUAACUGGCAGUCAGCAAUUAGUAGUGAAGUCAAUCAGCUGCCCACAAGCAACGACGUAGCCAAUGAGCCCGUCGGGUUAAAUCACGUCACUCCGAUUCCCAUAAUCGUCCACCAAAUUCCAGACUUCGACCAGGAUUCUUGGACUAGAAAUCCACCGCCCGGAACGGAAAAAACAGCAGAUUCCUCUGCAUCCACACAGCCAAAUAACAACAACAAUAAUAACAACAACACCUUCUUCUCUGAUGGCCAAGCAACCAGCCACUGUUCAGUGGUCAGUCAAGUACUUGAUCGUGACUCUACACGAACCAACGGAGCAACUGCUGCAAUAACCAAUGGUGCAGGUAGUUUGACAACAGCUUCUCCACCUUCUGAGCUCAGUGGAACCUCAAUCGAGACAGCAAACGCCGUAGCUAGUGACACCAUAACAACCGAUGACCUGGCUGUUGAGACUCUGACAACCAAUGGCAUGGCUGCUGAGCCCCAAACAACUAAUGAAACCACAAGCGAGGUGCCCACCAUUAACGGAGAAGAUGUCCAGGAGUCAUCAACAGCCAGUCAGGACAUGGUUCAGUAGAAAUGAAUGUCCAGCGGGGGAUGUUACACCCAGCCAAAGCCAUGUCGGCUGACUUUGAUCGGGGCUUCAGCUGAUUUAGACCGGUGGAUCCGAUACGUCAGACUGCAUUAUAAAGGAACAGUCAUUAUAACAUGAUUAAUUAAUCCCAUAGGGACGAUGUGAAGUGGUUGUAAAAGUGCUUAUUUUUCUAAGCGUGAUAUAGUGCCACAUUCAUUUUAGCCUUUAACCAUACUCAUAUAUUAUUCAUGUUGUAUGGAAAUGAUGACUUGUUGUCCCCUCUUGUGGAAAUGGAUGUAAUAUUUCCUGACAGACUGUCAUAUUUGCAGUACGUCAUUGUGAAAAGUUGUUUUCGGUCUGUGAAACUAAAUCUUCAUUUUUACGUUUAGAUAAAUGAGAGAACUGGUGAAGUUUGGUGCCAAGUAUAUGUUUGUCAAAUUGUUGGUGUGAAAACAGCAAUUCACGUGUGGGUCACUUGUGUUUACAGCUUCCCCAGACCAGUUACACCUUUAAAGAGAGUUGUGUACUGUAUGUGACUCUGCCACCUCUUGACUCUUGUUACUGCAAGUUGAGGUCAUUUUCCAUAUGAAACAUGUUAGUUACAUGUGUUUGGGAGUCCAGCGAGGUGCCAAAACACCAAGCUGAACAGGACCUUUAUGCUGCAGCAUGGUAUAAAAUAUGUUUCCUUGGGUGUUUCCCUGCUGCACAGUCAAAUCACAUACUCACUUUUACCCUUUUACCCCAUUAAGGUGAAAUGGGUAGAAGUUUCCAAGGCCAGAUGUUGUUAAUUUUCUUCGUGAGGGCAGCGGUGCUCUACUGUGGUGUGGGUCCACUCUGGGGACCCUUGAUGGAAACACACACAUUAAUAUAGCCUUGACCCUACUGAUGUAAUCACCCAGUUUUAUGAUCUAGGCUUUUGUCCCAGUAUGUAAAGAUGUGUGAGUAUGGAUAGCAACAGUAUUCACAAUUCUAGUGGCUGCCAGUUUUAAACUGCGCAUCCAUGUAGUCAUAUUUCAGUCACAUGUUGUACAUUGAGCUGAUGUCAGUGUGAUUCAUGUCAAGAUGUGGAAAUAAAUAUGCAAACAGUGAUGUCAUGUCUA